CGAAAUGCCUUGUCAGCACCGAUCGUGGUCAAUCGGAAACGCUGCCCAAACCUACCUGUUGACUCCUACAAACCCAAAACAUGAACAGAACAGAGCAGAGCGGUCGCAGGGCCCAACGCCGCCGGCCACUCCCUUAUAUAAGGCCCGCCUCCUCCUCCUGCUCCCUUGCCAUUUCCAAACCAAAACCCAACGCCCGAAGAACCCGCUACGCUAGCGGAAGGCGCUCGACAAGAGAAGGAAGCAAAUCAAAUCAAAGCCCCUGUUUUUCUCGUCCGGGCGGGCGUCCUCUGUUUCCAGAAGCAGGGGAUCAAUCAAGCAAUGGGCGGCGAGGAGCAGUGGUCGUGGAUGGUGCUGGCCUUGGCCGCGACGGCGUCGUGCGUGCUCCUGCACGUGGCGGCGCGCGUGGCGGACGCGCUGUGGUGGCGGCCGCGGCGGCUGGAGGCCCACUUCGCGCGGCAGGGCGUGCGCGGCCCGCCGUACCGGCUCCUGGUGGGCUGCGUGAGGGAGAUGGUGGCGCUCAUGGCGGAGGCCACCGCGAAGCCCAUGUCGCCGGCCACCUCCCACAACGCGCUCCCCAGGGUGCUCGCCUUCUACCACUACUGGAGAAAGAUCUACGGGCCGACGUUCUUGAUCUGGUUCGGGCCGACGCCGCGGCUGACGGUGGCAGAUCCGGAGCUGGUGCGCGAGAUCUUCCUGACACAGGCGGAGGCGUUCGACCGAUACGAGGCGCACCCCGUGGUCCGGCAGCUGGAGGGCGACGGCCUCGUCAGCCUCCACGGCGACAAGUGGGCGCUCCACCGCCGCGUGCUCGCCCCCGCCUUCUUCCCCGACAACCUCAACCGGCUGGUGCCGCACGUGGGCAGGUCGGUGGCGGCGCUGGCGGACCGGUGGCGCGCGAUGGCGUGCGCCGGGGAGGUGGAGGUGGACGUGGCGGAGUGGUUCCAGGCGGUGGCAGAGGAGGCCAUCACGCGCGCCACGUUCGGCCGGAGCUACGAGUCCGGCCGCGUCGUGUUCCGCAUGCAGGGCCGCCUCAUGGCCUUCGCCUCCGAGGCCUUCCGCAAGGUGCUCGUCCCGGGCUACCGCUUCUUGCCCACCAAGAAGAACCGGAUGUCGUGGGGCCUCGACAGGGAGAUCAGGCGGGGCCUCGUCCGGCUCAUCGGCCGCCGCAGCGACGCCGCCGCCGAUGCCGUGGAAAACGACGGGACAGCGGUCAAGGAUAAGGCCAACAACAACACCAACAACAACGACAACAAUAACAAGGGCUUCAGGGACUUGCUGGGGCUGAUGAUCAAUGCGCGCGACAACAAGUCCAUGCCGGUCGGGGACAUGGUGGAGGAGUGCAAGACCUUCUUCUUCGCCGGCAAGCAGACGACCACCAACCUGCUCACGUGGGCCACCGUGCUCCUCGCCAUGCACCCGGACUGGCAGGACCGCGCCCGCCAAGAGGUCCUCGCCGUCUGCGGCCCCGGCGAGCUCCCUUCCAAGGAACACCUCCACAGGCUCAAAACGCUGGGGAUGAUCCUGAACGAGACGCUGAGGCUGUACCCACCGGCCGUGGCCACCAUCCGCAGGGCCAAGGUCGACGUCAUCCUCGGCGGCGGCCAGCUGGCGAUCCCGCGCGACACGGAGCUGCUCAUCCCGAUCAUGGCGAUCCACCACGACGCCAGGCUCUGGGGCCCCGACGCGGCCCGGUUCAACCCGGCCCGCUUCGCCGCCGGGGCCGCCCGGGCCGCGGCCCACCCGCUGGCCUUCAUCCCGUUCGGGCUCGGUUCCAGGAUGUGCAUCGGCCAGAACCUGGCCCUCCUCGAGGCCAAGCUCACCGUCGCCAUCCUGCUCCAGCGCUUCGAGUUCAAGAUGUCACCCAAGUACGUGCACGCGCCCACGGUGCUCAUGCUGCUCUACCCGCAGUAUGGCGCGCCCGUCAUUUUCCGCCCCAUAGACUCCCUCUCGUCGUCUCCGCCGUCCGAUUCAACUCAGGCUAGCUAGGCAUCAACAGCUAUAGCGACUAGGAAGGAAUUGACAGAGAUGACUCUGCCGUGCUAGCUGUGUGUAUAUAUGAUUAGUGACAGAACAGGGGAACCGCUAACAAAAGGCUUUGCCGUGGCCUCUGCUUUUGGGGGUGUCGAAAAUGCCCUCGUUAACUGACUAGAUCAUCAGAGCAGAGAAGAAGCCUUUAGGAUUUGAUGAUGGCACAGGAGACAGGAAAACACCGGGCCCACCUCCGUCUGCUCGGUCGCUUCCAUUUGUUCUCUUGCCUUUCCAUGGAUUCUAGAUGUAUGCAUCUGCGUGUGUACAGCUCUGUUUAUCCUAGCUAUUCUUUACAGGCAAAAAGAUAAUCCAGAACAAAUGGGGCGGGAAAGGUGUAUCGGGAUGGCAAAUUUGUUCGGCGUGCGCGUACACGGUAUUCCAGCCUUGUGCUCCUCUGCUUUUCUCUCUGUGUGUGGCUGUGUGCCUGGUGUGCCCUGGUUGGUUGUGUUGACAAUUCAUUGUAGAAUCUCUGGUACAGGGAGGAGAGGAACCUUUCUGCAGUUUGUGCAGAUGUUUUUUUGUACAGAUGCUUUAGAUUCUAACUGAAGUCUACUGUGCUGCCAGUGUGUCACCCACUC